GGCCGUCCAUCCGGGAUGCUGGGGCAACUGUCCAAUCAGUGCGCAGAGGAAGUGGAAGGGCGGGCUUCCGCAAUCUCGCGGGCUUUUUUUCCUCUCCAACUGGGCUACUCCUUCUCAGGGCCAAGUUCUCUGCUCCAGGGACCCAGGACUCUGCGCAGCCUGUGUUCCUCGCCCCACCCCCCCACAUCUCGGGUACCCGGAGGUUCCUCCAGAGGACCCCGGGUCACCACGGAAGCCAAAAAUGUGACCUUUGAGGACGUGGCUGUGAACUUCACCCAGGAGGAGUGGGCAUUACUGGAUCCUUCCCAGAGGAACCUUUACAGAGAUGUGAUGCUGGAAGUCCUCAGAAACCUGGGUUCUAUAGAAAACAAAUGGUAUGAAACAAACAUUGAAGAUGAGAUCAAAAAUUCUGAGAUCAUUCUAAGGCACAUCACAUCUCACUCUGGACACAAAUGCCACAAGCAUGAGGAAUGUGAAGAGAAGCCAUGCGAAUUUAAACAGCACAGGGAAUCCCUGGUUUCUCUCAAAAGUGUUCACACACAAAUGUUAAUACAAACCGGAGAUGGACCCUAUGAACGUACAGUAUGUGGGAAAGUCUCCAGUUGUUCCAGUGACAUUCAAAGGCAUGAAGAUACUCAUACUGGGUGGCAACCCUAUGAAUAUCAACAAUGUGCUGGAGCCUCUUCUUCUCUCCCAGAUGUUCAAAGACACAUGAGAACACACAGAGGAGGUAAACAUUUUCAAUGUGAGGUGUGUGGGAAAGACUUUUAUUUCUCCUCUUUAGUUAGAAGACAUGAAAGAAUUCAUUCUGGAGAGAAACUCUAUCACUUUAAACAAGGUGGUCAAACCUUUAUUUCACACACAAGUCUUCAAAGGCACAGGAACACACACACGGGGAAUGCACAUUUUAAGCGUAAGGUAUGUGGGAAAGACUUUGCUUAUCCCAGUUCACUUAGAAUACAUCAGAGAACACAUACUGGAGAGAAGCCCUAUGAAUGUAAGCAGUGUGGAAAAGCCUUUGCUAGAUCCAGUGAACUUCGCAUACAUGAAAGAUCUCAUACUGGAGAGAAGCCCUAUGAGUGUAAGCAGUGUGGCAAAGCCUUUUCUACAUCCAGUUACCUUCAGAUUCAUGGAAGAAUACAUACUGGGGAGAAGCCCUAUGAAUGUAAGGAGUGUGGCAAACCCUUUGCUAGAUCCGCUGACCUUCAGAUUCAUGGAAGAACGCAUACUGGAGAGAAGCCCUAUGAAUGUAAGCAGUGUGGCAAAGCCUUCAGUCAUUUCUCUGCCCUUCACUCACAUAAAAAAAUUCAUACUGGAGAGAAGCCUUAUGCAUGUGAUCAGUGUGGCAAAGCCUUUGCUAGGUCCAAUACCCUUCACAGACAUGAAAGAAUACAUACUGGGGAGAAGCCCUAUGAAUGUAAGCAGUGUGGAAAAGCCUUUGCUUUUUCUAGUUACCUUCUCACACAUGAAAAAUCUCAUACUGGAGAAAAGCCCUAUGAAUGUGAGCAGUGUGGCAAAGCCUUUUCUACAUCUAGUUACCUUCAGAUUCAUGGAAGAACACAUACUGGGGAAAAGCCCUAUGAAUGUAAGCAGUGUGGAAAAGCCUUUGCUAGAUCCACUUCCCUUCAGAGUCAUGGAAGAACGCAUACUGGAGAGAAGCCCUAUGAGUGUAAGCAGUGCGGAAAAGCCUUCACUCAUUUCUCUGGCCUUCAUGCACAUAAAACAUUUCAUACUUAUACAUGUAAGCAGUGUGGCAAAGCCUUCACUUGUUCCUCUGACCUUCACUUACAUAAAAAAAUUCAUACUGGAGAGAAGCCUUAUGCAUGUAAGCAGUGUGGCAAAGCCUUUACUGCAUCCAGUAGCCUUCAAAGGCAUAGAAGAACACAUACUGGGUAGAAGCCCUAUGAAUGUAAGCAGUGUGGCAAAGCCUUUGAUAGUUCCAGUGAACUUCAAAGACAUGGAAGAACACAUAUCAGAGAGAAGCUCUAUGGUUGUAAACAAUGUGAAAAAGCCUUUGUUACAUCUGCUCAGCUUCACUUACAUGAAGCAACCCAUAGUGCAGAGAAAUCAUACUCAUGAAAACAAUUGGCAAAGUCUUCUGUUAAUAAGGUUUCACUAAUUAACAUGUAGUAAGUUUUCUGUAGGAAAAUUCUUUGAAUGUGGUAAAUCAAUGUUUCUUGUUCAUUUCAACAAGUAGAUUCAAAAAUGUGAGCACUUUCUAUCUAUCUAUCUGUCAUCUAUAUCUAUCUAUCAAUAGUACUGGGGAUUUAGUCUGGUGGUCAUCUAUCACAGAGCCAUGGUGAAGGCGGUCUCCCACUCACUGUCUUGACAGGGUCACAGUGAGGAUGAAUGCUGGCAAAGCUGCACUGGUUGAUGGGAAUCAGAAAGCAUGAGACCCUUUUGUAUAUAAUUGGGACUUUUCAUUUUCAUGCUUAUGUUUCUGACAGGAGGCAUGAGUAUGUUAAAUGUGAAACAAAUUAAAUUUCAGAUGGCUAGAGCAUAACAGGUAGUUCAUGCCUUGAAGGCUGUUCUACUGCCCCUCAGCAUAUCAAGGACAAAGUAAAAGGCUGUUCUUCUAUCUCAGUACAUUCAGGACAAAUGUGAUAUUGGACAACAAUCAUCCUCUGAAAAAUCACGAGUAUUUUAGGCACCACAUCGAUUAUAUCAACUAGAACCCAAGCUCUUAGAAAACCUAAUUAUGCUUAUUUUUCAAAGCCCACCAGAUGUAGUCUCAUUUUUGAUUGAGGAAAGUUAUAUUAUACACUUAGGAAAGUUAAAACAUAAAGGUAUAUUUUCUUUUUAUAAACCCUUUUUUACUUUACAUAGGGAUUUAUGAUGAACAUAGUUAAUAUUGGCAGAAAGUGCACUGAUGUUUAGAACUUACUUUCUAUUGAGAAUGAUUAUAAAGAUAAGAGAACUAGUGCACCUUGACUGAGAAACAAAGAAACUCUUUGAGAAAGCAGCUCAACCAGGUUUAUGAGAAUAAAUGUAGGAAGUAAUUAAAGUAGCCUUAUAAGAUAUAUUUUUAGAAUAAUGUUAGAAAUAUUAUCCUAUUUAGACUUUGGGGUUUAGAAAUUCUGAAUUUUUUAGUUGUAUGGGUUUCUGAUAUAUUUUAAGAAUGAUUUAUAAACUUUAGGAUAUUUUAAGUAGAAGAUUUAAGGGGACUUUUUUAGAUGAGAAUUUUAGGUUAGAAAUAAAGUAAAGGUGUACUUUAAACUUAAGGGUUAAUGAUAGGUUUGGAGACUUAGAGUCUGGUUUCGUAGUUUGGCAUUAGUCAAUAAGAAAAUAGUAAAUCUUGGGAAAAUCCGAAAAAUGUAAAUUAGUGAUGCAUUUUAUUAAUGAUUCUGUACUUUUAAUAAUUAAAUAACUAAAGGUCAUAUCCUGGAAAAAUGGAAAUUAAUGUUACAUUUUUUAUAUCCCUAAUCAUGGUUAAGGAAAUGUCAUGUCUUGGCAAAAGAUUUAGAUUGUAUAAUCAAUGGCGUAUCUGAAUCUAUAAUGAUGAGAAAAUUUGCAAUGAAAGAUGACCCAUGGGGCUGGGGAUGUGGCUCAAGCGGUAGCGCGCUCGCCUGGCAUGCGUGUGGCCCGGGUUCGAUCCUCAG